GCCAGGAAGUCGUCUUCAGAAACAGAAACCGAAUCCCGGUAGAAGUGACUCGGUUUUAAUCGAGCUGCCGAGUUUUAUACUCUUAAAAAACACUCCGAAACAACUUUUGAAAAACCAGAUUACACUCCGAGUGAAGGGAUUAGCAGCGUUAUCGAAGCUGUAGGGAGUUAAGAUCGGCUCCGUUUCGCUUGGUCGAAGGCUGGCGACGUUACUCCGCGCUCGGGUUUAUUAAAAUGAGAGUGACAGGAUUUUAAAACUACAUAUAAAGACAAUAUCUCUCUAUCUAUCUCUCUCUCUAUCUCUCUAUCUAUCUCUCUAUCUAUCUAUCUAUCUCUCUAUCUCUCUAUCUAUCUAUCUAUCUAUCUAUCUCUCUAUCUCUCUAUCUAUCUAUCUCUCUAUCUCUCUAUCUAUCUCUCUCUCUAUCUCUCUAUCUAUCUAUCUAUCUAUCUAUCUAUCUCUCUAUCUCUCUAUCUAUCUAUCUAUCUAUCUAUCUCUCUAUCUCUCUAUCUCUCUAUCUAUCUAUCUAUCUAUCUCUCUCUCUCUCUAUCUAUCUAUCUAUCUCUCUAUCUAUCUCUCUCUCUCUCUCGGAUUCAAUGGAGGGUACAUCAGUCGUCGUUCGUUAUUAAUAUUGACUUACUGAGUUUGAGUGAUGGAGAACCUUCGGGAGCUAAGCCAAUCGGAGCUGCAGGAGAUCCUGGAAGACUCUCAGAAGGUGGAAGCCAUGGUGAUGGAAUCUUCAGAGGUUCAGGGCGUGCAGCUGGAGCGGGAGAUGAGCCUGGCAGCCAAUCGGAGCCUGGCUGAGCAGAACCUGAAGCUCCGCCCCCAGCUGCAGGAGAGGAAGGAGAGGCUGAGUGAGAGAUACAGGGAGCUGCAGAGACUGGAGACAGACUGCAGGGGGCGCCGUGAGGAGCUGGACAGUAAACUCAGCUCCUUCAGUCCAGACUUGCUGCUGUCUUUGUUGCAGACAGAGGGCGCCAAAAUCGAGGAAGAAUCGGAGUCUCUUGCAGAGCAGUUUCUGGAGGGGUCGGUCUCUCUCGACAGUUUUCUCGAUCUCUUCUUCGCCAAGCGCUCGCUGGCUCACAAGCGGAGAGUCCGAAUCGAGAAGAUGCAGGAGGAGCUGAAGAACCGAGCCUCGGCGUUACCAAGGCAACCCCCUGAGCAACCAGCGCCACGGCAACAGGAACAGCCGCAGCAGCAGCAGCAGCAGCAGCCACCGCAAAUCAUACAGCAGCAACCCUGGCCACAAAACCCUCCGAACGCAGUUCCUCCACCUUCCCAGCAUGCCCCCCUGCCCUACAGCCCCUCCCCCCUCGCCCCCCUGCCCUACAGCCCCUCCCCCCUCGCCCCCCAGGGCCCGACAGCCUACGGCCACUUCAGCCCGGUACACUUCCCACAGCAGCCUGGGCCCCUGGUGAUGCAGCCCCCCAGCCACGGCGCACCUCCCUACGGCCCGCCCUACACUCGAGCCCCAGGCUUCCCCCCGUCCGCGGGCCCGGGUGCUUAUUUGGGGCCGAGGGCUCCCUCUCAGUGCCCGUACCCCCUCCAGCCCUCCUUCCCCGGCGGGCCCCCCCAGAACGGAGCCCCCUAUCCUACCCAGAGCUACGUCUUCCCUCAGCAGCCCAGUUCGAGGCCCCAGUACAGGCCUGGGUACGGAAUGCCUCAGCCUUACUCUUAAAUAUCAAUCUCAGUGUCAGUUUACGAGAAGUGAAGUCAUUGUAGCUUUAAAACAAAAAUUGAUUAUUUUCCGGGUGUCCCAAACAGGGUUAGAAACUCACACCAGCCCUGCUGCUGGGGUUCAGAACUGAAUAAGUAGCUUCAUUUCUCAUGUACGAAAUACACUAAUACAUCAACAGGGCUGGUAAUGAGACUCCUAUUGAAUUACAUUGUAACUGCAGUUUAAUAUCACUAGACUAGACUGGACUGGAAUUACAUUGUAACUGCAGUUUAAUAUCACUAGACUGGUCUGGACUGGAAUUACAUUGUAACUGCAGUUUAAUAUCACUAGACUGGACUGGAAUUACAUUGUAACUGCAGUUUAAUAUCACUAGACUGGACUGGAAUUACAUUGUAACUGCAGUUUAAUAUCACCAGACUGGACUGGAAUUACAUUGUAACUGCAGUUUAAUAUCACUAGACUGGACUGGAAUUACAUUGUAACUGCAGUUUAAUAUCACUAGACUGGACUGGAAUUACAUUGUAACUGCAGUUUAAUAUCACUAGACUGGACUGGAAUUACAUUGUAACUGCAGUUUAAUAUCACUAGACUGGACUGGAAUUACAUUGUAACUGCAGUUUAAUAUCACUAGACUGGACUGGAAUUACAUUGUAACUGCAGUUUAAUAUCACUAGACUAGACUGGACUGGAAUUACAUUGUAACUGCAGUUUAAUAUCACUAGACUAGACUGGACUGGAAUUACAUUGUAACUGCAGUUUAAUAUCACUAGACUGGACUGGAAUUACAUUGUAACUGCAGUUUAAUAUCACUAGACUGGACUGGAAUUACAUUGUAACUGCAGUUUAAUAUCACUAGACUGGACUGGAAUUACAUUGCAGGGCUGGUAAUCAGACUCCUAUCCCACAGCAGUGUGAUCCAGUCCAGGUUUUACUACCAGCUUGAUCAGCCCCAGUGUGUCUAGCUAACAAGCUCAGGUGUGUCUUAUUAUUAAACUCCCAGUGAAACCAGGACUGGAUCACACUGCUGUGCAGCGGGAGUCUCAUUCCCAGCCCUGAACCCUAAAUACAGGAUCCCUAAAUCUCUUUUUUUUUUUUCAUUUUAACACCUGGUAUCCGGUGCCUCACUGGGGUACAGGAAGCUCUCAGUUUGCGAGCCUCGUUCUCGGUGAAUCUGUCUCUCCCGCUCCUGUGCAGGUGGAGUUCUCUGCUGCGCUGUGACGCUGAGUGCCGGGAGUUUGAAGGAAUUCUUUAGCUUGCUGUGCGACCGAAGCUGGAAGUCUUAGAAAGCAGUUUCACUGUUUGCUUGUUUUUAGUUUAUCCCAAAUAAACAAAUGAAUUUAUUAUUGAA